AUGGUUACCACGAGAAACAGAGAGCGCGCCAACAGCGCCACCGAAGCAAACACCAAAACGGCUGCCACUGCUACUGCCGGCGAGAAGCACGGCAUUGAAGAGGAUGCUGUUGCUGCUGCUGCUGCCAACGGGUCUCCCGACGCCAAGCGGGCAAAGAAGUCUGAAGACGUCGACUCCACUCGCCAGACGACCUUGGAGGAGACGUUCGGAAAGCAGGAUGCCACAAAACCCGUGAAGGCAGACGACUCGACAGAGCAGAACAAGGAGAACGUCGACAUGGCGAUGAUGGAUCCCGAACAGGCUGAGGAGCCGACGAAGGAAGAGGAGGCGGCCAUGGCCGAAAAGGUGGAAAAGGCAGAGAAGGCCGAGGAGGCGGACAAGCCUGAAGAAGCAGACAAGUCCGAGGAACAUCAACACCUCAAAGAGACACACAAGACGGAAGAUACCACGACAAAUCCUGCUGGCGGUGAGACCGCUGAGCUCACCCACGAAAAGUCCAAGGUCCCCUCCAACAUACUCGAAAAGGGCAUUGUCUACUUCUUCUUCCGUGGCCGCGUCAACACUGAAAAGACCGAGGAUGUCGACGACAUUGCCCGCAGCUACAUCAUCCUACGCCCAAUGGCCACGGACUCCAAGCUCGGCGACGGUCCCAUUGGCGACGCGGGAAACACCCGUCUGCUCGCGCUGCCAAAGAAAGUUCUCCCCGAGAGCGGCAGGGACCGGUUCAUGGCUUUCGUCGAGAAGUCGGGUGCUUCCUUCAAAGAGUUGAAAGAGCAGUUCCUGUCUGGUGCGGACAAUCAGACCAAGGCCGGCACGUCGCAUUCUCCUGCUGCGACGCCUGCCGGCGAAGGAGUCUAUGUCAUCACGUCGACUGGCCGCGAGAACCAUCUCGCAUACAUGCUGACUCUGCCCUCGGACCUCGGCGAAGUUCAGAAAGAACUUGGGCUCAAGGAAAAGGGGAGCUUCAUAUUGAGCACCAAGAACCCUUACAAGUCUGGUCCUGCGAAUGCGAGCCUCCCGGAGACGCCCGACUUCCCAGACAAGAUCAAGGAGCAGUUUCGCGACCUUCGCUGGAUGCCGACUAAGCCCGAGCACCUCGAUUACGCCAACGCCCAGGUUCUCUUGAUCGGCGAGUCUUCGGGUAUCGAGAAGGCCGUCGAGCCAAAGAAGAAGGAUGUCAAGCAGGGCAACGACGACCCCGAGACCGUCCUCCAAGAGAUCGAAGACGAGGAUAUCAAGCGGAUGGAGCAUCUCUCGGGCGACGACUCGGCUUCCAUCUUUGCUGAUCUGCAGGCUCGAGCCAAGGACUACCCACAGUUGCAGACAACCUUUUGA